AUGGGAGAAGUGGAGCCCAGCCUGGAUAAUGUGACAGUUGGGAGCAGGUUUUACAGUGAUGGGUACUUUGGUACUGUUAUGUAUAUUGGUGAAGUCCCACCAACCAAAGGUGUCUGGUUGGGUGUAGAUUGGGAUGAUGCUACCAGAGGGAAACAUGAUGGUUCCCAUGAAGGGAGGAGAUAUUUCACAGCCACACAUCCAACUUCUGGGUCCUUUCUCAGGCCUAAGAAAGCAGACUUUGGUAUAAGUAUGUAUGCGGCUUUGUCUGAGAGAUAUGGGAUUGUGGAGGAUGAGCAUGCAGGGGUCAUCCUAGAGGAGAUGUAUGUGCAGGGGAAAGGAAAGCAAACGGUGGUGGAAGUGGUGGGAGCAAGGAAGGUCAAUAUUCAGCAGAGUCAAUUUGACCAACUGAAGUCCCUUCUUCUAAAGGAUAUGAAGAUCUCUGGUGCAGGACCUGAAUCAGCAUUAGAAAAUACUUGCCCAAAUGUUGAAGAAUUAGACAUAUCCCAAAAUUUGAUCCCAUCAUGGGAGGAAGUUGCAAAAAUAGCAGUUCAGUUAAAGAAACUUGAGAUAUUGAAUUUAAGUGAAAAUCAACUAAGAUUUCCAGACAAUCCACCUGGUUUGUGUUCAGCAUUUUUGUGCUUAAAAACCAUUAUAUUGAACAGGAUGCAGUUAUGUUGGAGACAGGUUCUGGAUUUCUCCAAAAUGUGGCCAGAUAUCCAAGAAAUUUUGGUUUGCUAUAACAACAUCAGUACCAUCUCAGAGCUACCACCACCACAGUUACAUAACUUAACACUUAUAGAUUUAGAGGGAAACCAGUUAGAUGACUGGAGCAGUGUGUUGCAGCUGGGAACAUUGAAAAGAGUAGAAACACUGCAUCUCAAUAAAACUGGACUGGUGAAUAUUUUUUUCAAUGAUGUCCAGCCUGGAGAAACCACUCACUAUUUUCCAGCGCUGAAAUGUUUGUCUUUGAAUGAUAACGGGAUACAUGAGUGGUCUUCCUUCAAUGAGUUGAAUAAACUCUCAGUAUUGGAGGACAUUCUUAUCAAGAGAAAUCCAAUAAUGGAGACUGGCACUGUAGAACAAGUUAGGGAAAACAUUGUUGCUAGAAUGAAGGGAUUAAAAAUGUGUAAUAGAACUGUGGUAGAGGAAGGUGAGAGGCGUGGUGCUGAGAUAGAUUAUCUUAAGAUUCAUGGUCAGGAGUGGCGCCAGGCGGGUGGACAUCAAGAUCCUGAAAAAAAUAAACCUCACCAGGAAUUCCUCUGUAAACACCCAAGAUACCAGGAAUUUGUUGCCAAAUAUGGUCCCCCAGAAGAUUCUGAAAUGCAAAAGCAAAAUAUGGGUGCAUUGAAACAUGACCUACUAUCUGUUGAAAUAAAAAAUCCAAAUUUCCCAGAAAAACCAAGUAUCAAGAAGAGGUUACCAAGAACAAUGAAAAUUCAAAAACUGAAGCCUCUUAUACAACGGUUGUAUAAGAUAGGGGAUUUAGACUUUAAAUUGGUAUACACAAGCCAAAAAGCACAAGGCACAGAAUAUGAUUUUGAUGAUGAUUUGAAAGAACUGUCUUAUUUCUCAAUAGAAGAUGGAGAUACAAUCCUUGUUAAAUCAUGAUGUGAAAUUAUUUCUAAUUUGCUAAAUGAUGCUGCUGUGCAUUAUAUUAAUGCCCGGUUUUGGAAUAGUCAAGAUAAUCAUGAAGUCAACCAAAGAGCAAAAUAGUCUGAGGUCAUAUUUAUUGAAUUGUGAACUGUUUUACACUAUCUCAGUGUAUGUAAUUUUCAAGGUCAAGGGCAUGCCCAGAGAAGUAUGCUAUGUUUAUAGAGGAUUCUCUAAAAGAUGUUUGAUAUAAGAUUCCAAAGCUAUUAUUAUUGUACCAC